UGAAGACCCAACUGAGGUAGAGCAACUAAACUUUGAUCGAAACAUGAAGAUCAUUCUUUUAAGUUUGGUGGUGGUCCUAUCCAUCCAGGACAUCUUUGCCGAUCACCAUUAUGAAAGUUUGAAAAAGCUGAAAGACCAUCUGUUGGAUGGUUACAGGAAGGAUUUCGCUCCAAGUCCAGUUGACGUUCAGUUCAGUUUCGAUCUCAGGGCUGCUCGUUACAACAAAAAAACUCACGUUGUCGAAACCACAGUCUGGGAAUCAUACAAAUGGCAUGACGAUCGAUUGGUUUGGAAGCCAGAGGACUACGACAACCGUUCCAUCAUCAUCAUGGAGCACGAUCCCAUCUGGACCCCUGACUUCAAACUUUACAACGAAGUUGACGAGAGAGAGGAUAGAGAUGAGACAAACGUGAGGAUUCACUCGGAUGGCACCGUGGAGUGGUACCCCACCGCCCUCUACCAGACCUACGGCAAGAAGGGAGCCGGCAAAUCAGGAACCGUUCAUUUUGUGAUCGGAUCAUGGAGCUUCCACACAAGCAUCCUGAAGAUCAGCAAGAUGGGUGAAGGGGUGAGCCUCCGAUAUUUCCUCAACGAGACGAGCCCACUACUGGCCGAAAUCGACCACGUAGAUGUCGACGCCAAGAGGUACUCGGAUUUUGAUAAAGAUUUCGCCACCCUCGAUGCCACCGUGGUCUUCAAGAAGAGACCGGACUACGAUGACGAUGACGACCACCACCACCACCCACACACACACGACAAGGCUCCAGAAGCCGCCCACGCCGCUGACGAUUGUUAGAACAUAGUCUAGAAGGUUCUAGAGGGUUUUGGAAUGUUCUAGAAGGCUCUUGAACGUUUGGAAACAUUUUAAAUUGUUUAAUAAUAAAGUCUGGGGGAAUGUUUCUUGUGUGGAUGUUUUUUGAGUUUCUGGAACUUGGCUUGUAGUGACGAGUGCGGCUGUGGUUGGAUGAUGAAUAAAUUAUUUCUAUCUCUGGGUCAUGAUCGAAUUAGUUUUUUAAUUAAUUUAUUAAUUAAUAGCUAAUAAAUGAUUUCAAUUUCAAA